AUGCAGGCCAUUCGUGAGGCACUCGAACAGACUCGCCAAGCACAGAACGAGCGGUUUGAAAGGAUAAUGGACAAACUCAAAAAUUCCUCAGGAGACAAAGUUGACCCAAUGGAUCAACCUGUCCCCUCGGGAAUGAGGAACUCCAUCGAGGAGAUAGCGGUAGAGCGAGGAUUAUACCCCUCAGAGGUCGAGGACCCAACCGCAGGUGCUCCCGAUAUAAUUAUCGAGAGCGCGUACCAUUGGUUGGCCCGGCCACAGCAAGAGGGAGAGCUGGACGAGGAUUACAAUCGAAGGGUGUUAAUAUACACCAGAUACUUGGACAAGAUGGCCUCAGAGUCCGAAAGGGCGUUGAGGGCAUUCACAUUUUCCUUGCGGCACCGGUCAUAA